UGCUUGGCAAACCUAUCAGACUGACCCCAACGCCGGAUCAAGGCGAAAUAGACUUCUCUUAUGACAUUGUCAGUGACAGGUAUUCACAGAUUCCGACUCGCGGAUUCAUUUCUCAAGCUUCGGAGUUCAACUUACUGGAACGAGUGGAAGAUACCGACGAAAACACGGUUUAUUUGACACCAAUAGAAGGAGAGAAUCAAGGAAAUAUAUCCUGGUUUUUCAAUUUCGAAUUAAUUGAUAAACCCGUUAAAUUGGUGAUCGUUAAAAUAAGAGGAGUCUGUAAAAAGAGUGCUGCGAAGGCGGAAAUAUGCUUGACAAAAAAAUGCUGGAAGAUUUCUCAGAGCACAACGAUUUUUCAUAAACCCACUGGUAGAAUAAUGAGGAUAACUGUA